AUGACGGGUGCCUGGCUACAACAGUAUUGGCGUGUGGACAGCCAUAAGGUCGGGCCUCACGGAGGCAGCAGGAGACGGCACUGCGAAGGAAGCGAAAGGGUCUGCGUGUUUCUAAGCCGGUGUUUGCUCCUUCUCCUGGCAGCCUGCUUCAUUUUCGUGCUCUCGGCCCUCCAGGCACCGCCACUCUCCGUGGCCUUCCCAGGAAUGAAGUUUUUGGAGGACUGCCCCACACACCUCCUCAUUCAUCUCUGUUUGCUAGUAGCUGGGAUCAUUGGAGCCUUAAAGGGGUCUCUCCUGCUGUACGACUCCACGAGGAUGAGGCAGCUUCUGUCCAAGGCCAUGGUGAUCGACAAUGACAAUGAUGAUGAAUAUCCCUGGAGGCAGAAUGCACACAAGUAUUAUAGACACCUCAGCCUCAGCCUCUUCCUCUGCCUCUGUUUCAUUCUGGGAAACCACUGGGUCUUUUCCGUUUACCUGCCUGAUUUUAUUCCCCCUUUCCAGCAGCCUCAGGAUUACUGGGACAAAACCCUGUACCUCUUUGCAGUAGGGGUCCUCGUGCUCAGCCACACCGUGCUGGGCCUACUGGUCCUAUGCAGCGGUUGUGUCUACGUGUGGUCCAGGUGA